GGCAUUGUCGCCGCGUGUCUGCUCGGGCUGAUGGGCGAACUACCCCUCGACUCGGCGCGCAUAUACAGGAAGGUGAUGGAGGGCGCGACGGGGGUGGAAAGGUCGGCGCUUGCGGAAGCCGGCGGAGGCGUCUGGGCCGUCGAGGUGGCAUUGCGCGCCAUGGCGGACGGCGCGCAGCCCAGCGUCGAGAUCGAGGAGAUCUCGAUCGGUGUCGUUGACAACAACAACAAAUCGAGGCUGAGAGUCGUUAGCGCGGACAAGGCUUGCCUGUUGAAGGAUAGGUCACUGGAGAGGAGAUCCCGAUCUUCGCCGAAGAGUGGGGGGGCGGCGGCGGAGAGCGGGAGUAAGCGGCGGAGGGAGAGGGAGGAAGAUGAGAAACUAGGAGAGGGUGGGAGUAGCAGGUCCGGUGAUAGGCUGCGGAGCAGCAAUGCGAGCGCCAAAUGUGGCGACAAAGAGGGACCAGCGGUAUCGACGACGACAGGAGGACUAGGGCCUUCUCCUCUGUCGCUAUGUGGUACAGCAGCCGCAGCAGCAGCAGCAGGAGGAGGAGGAGGAGGAGGAGGGGGAGGAGGGGGCGGCGGAGGCGGGCCCCUGAUCGUCCGCGCUACUGCUGGUGGGGUUGGGAGUGGAGGCGGCACAGGCAGCGGUAUUAGCGGCGGCGGCGCGACGGCGGGAAGCGGCGGAAGCGGCGGAUCCGGCGGCGCAAGAGGAAGCGGAGGGGGGAAAUGGGUCGUUGAGGAUGAAGAAAUCAGCGGCGUGCAUGACUUGGAGACGUUGCUUAUGAAGAAGUCUUUCCGAGAAACGCAGCAUUCGAAAGCCGGUGAAGAGCUGCUGGAGCUGCUUUGUAAGCCGACAGCCAAAGAGAGCGCUGUUGCCGCUAAGUUUAAGACAAAGGGUGGCUCAACGUUGAAGGAGUACUGCCCAGCUCUGACAAGAGAGGAUUGCAUACGGCAGCGACGUGGUUUGGGCGCAUGUACGAAGAUGCACUUCCGGCGAAUUAUCUCUGGGCACACCGAUGUUAAUCUUGGGGAUUGCUCGUUCCUCGACACCUGCAGGCAUAUGAAGACUUGUAAAUAUGUACACUACGAACUGGAUAUGACUCCGAACACGAGAACGGAAAUCGCAGCUCCUCAAAGGCCACUGAGCAAGCCAAGAGCAGACUACUGCUCGGAAGUGGAGCUCGGAGAGGCUCAAUGGAUUAAUUGCGACAUUCGGACGUUCAACAUGAGUAUACUAGGCCAGUUCGGAGUCAUCAUGGCUGAUCCUCCGUGGGACAUUCACAUGGAAUUGCCGUACGGAACUAUGGCCGAUGAUGAGAUGCGAAGCCUUAAUGUCCCGGUUUUGCAAACGGAUGGGCUGAUUUUCCUUUGGGUGACCGGUCGGGCAAUGGAGCUUGGACGAGAGUGUUUGGAGCUUUGGGGUUAUAAACGAGUUGAAGAACUCAUCUGGGUGAAGACGAAUCAGCUCCAGCGCAUUAUCCGAACGGGACGGACAGGCCAUUGGCUGAAUCACAGCAAAGAGCACUGCUUGGUUGGCAUAAAGGGGAAUCCCCUUCUCAAUCGGAAUCUUGAUUGCGACGUCAUAGUUGCGGAAGUUCGAGAAACUAGUCGCAAACCGGAUGAGCUCUACCCGUUACUUGAGCGUAUCAGCCCUCGGACCCGGAAACUCGAGCUGUUUGCAAGGAUGCAUAAUACGCAUGCUGGUUGGAUAUCUCUUGGUAAUCAGUUAAAUGGGGUGAGACUGGUGGAUGAAGGAUUGCGGCAGCGAUUUAGAGAUUGCUACCCCGAAGUUGAAGUCGAGCCUCCGGAUCCGCCAAGCAAGAGCUCUGAUGCAGUUGUGCCUGCUGCGUCUGUUUCCACGGUCCCAACUACUGUGGCGGACCCGUCUGUUUCUAAGGCCGCAGUCCCAGGGAUUGAGAACCUCCCACAGGGGGUCUCACAGGCAGUUCCGCAGGCGGCUGGGACCGCCCCAGUACCAGGAACGACUCCUGUUGCGGUUGGCACAGAGUCUACAUACAGCGAUAAUGACCGGGCGUUCUAUUCGGGUGAAGACGACACCCGGCGCGGCACCUCCAAUAUGCCGUACACAAAGGAGGAGGAGGCGAAGAUGGCCGCCAUCCGGCAGGAGAGGAAGGAGAAGGAGGCCAAGAAGAAGGCCCUGCAGGAGGAGCAGGCGGCAAAGUUGAGAAAGAUAGAGGAGGAGAUGGCCAGGGAGAAGGAAAGAUUGAAAAAGGAAGAAGAGCAGAAGCUGAAGGAGGUGGAAGAAGAAGAGGAGGAAGAUGAUCAGCCACUGGAGAGGAGAAGAGAACAGCGAGGGCAGUACAGUGGCAGCAAAGAUGAUGAGAUGGAGAAGCGGAUCUCAGAGUGGGUCGCCAACUUGUCCCUGGGAGAAGAAGAAGAGGUAGCCAUGUAUAUCCCCAAGGACGAGCAGGAAGCCGCUAUGAAGGAGUGGGAAGCAGAAAGGGGUGUUGUGAGGCGGCAUGCAAUGGAGGAUGAAAAAAGGAUGGAGUGGAAGUUGAGAGUGAUGAGGGAAAAGAAGAGGAAAGUGGACGCGACGAUUGACGCGGUUAAGGACCUAGGGGAGAUGCAGCAACUAACCCUGAAGUUGACCCCUCAGGUAGACCUUGAGAAAAGGUAGAACUCAUUGCCCAGAUUGUCGAGCGCUUAGCCCGGAUACAAGAACAACAGUACGAUUUUAGUCGAAGUCAG